GGCGCGGCGGCCGGUGUCGUCACAUCGAUCACUCACCCGCGUCGGUGCGCCCCGCAUUUCCGUACAAACCAGCACUCGGUGUACUCCCGGCACUCCUCCACGACCGAAAAGGCGUCGACAACUUUAAUCCGUUCCGCCUCUUCCCCAUCGUCCGCGCUCCCACUUGAUUCCCAGUUCACUUGAUCCUCCCUGCAUCGAAACAUGUUCCCCCGUGUUGCUCUCCAGCGCGUUGGUGGCCGCCUCGCCUCUACAGCUAACGCUGCUCGUCACUACGCUACGUCCAGCGCCUCGGGCCCUGUCAGCUUCGGCCUGAACGAUGAUCAGCGCGCCAUCGAUGAGCUGUCUCGCACGUUUGCCCAGGAGAAGAUCGUGCCCGCUGCUGCUGAGCUCGAUCGCACCAUGGAGUACCCUUGGGCGAUUCUCAAAGAGGCUCACGCCGCGGGUCUUAUGAACACUCACGUUCCCGAGGAGUACGGUGGCGCUGGCCUUGGCAUGGUUGAGUGCGCGAUUGUCUCGGAGAACCUUGGCUUUGGCUGCACGGGUGUCCAGACUGCCAUCGAGGCGAACGGCCUGGCGGAGGCCCCGCUCAUUGUCGGCGCCUCUCAUGAGCUGAAGAUGAAGUACCUUGGUCGCAUGGGCGAGACACCACUCGUUGCCUCGUACGCUGUUACUGAGCCUGGAGCCGGCUCUGACGUCGCCGGCAUCAAGACUAAGGCUGUUAAGGAGGGCGACAAGUUUGUCAUUAAUGGUACUAAGAUGUGGAUCACCAACUCGGGUCACGCCAACUGGUUCUUUGUCCUCGCAGUCACCGACCCUUCCGCCGGUGUCAAGGGUCUGACCGGAUUUGUUGUCGAUGCCGACACCCCGGGCAUCACUCCCGGCCGCAAGGAGAUUAACAUGGGCCAGCGCUGCUCUGACACACGUAUGGUGACCUUCCAGGAUGUUGUCGUUCCUCAGGAGAACGUCAUCGGUGCCGUGGGCGAGGGCUUCAAGCUGGCCAUGAAGGCGUUCGACAUCACUCGUCCUCUUGUAGCCGCUGGCGCUGUCGGUCUCGCUCAGCGUGCCCUCGAGGAGGCGACCAAGUAUGCCCAGGAGCGCAAGACCAUGGGCAAGGCCAUUAUCGACCACCAGGGCGUCGCUUUCAUGCUGGCGGACAUGGCCGUCAACGCCGAGGCUGCACGCGCGCUCGUGUGGAAGUCAGCCUGGGUCAAGGAUGCUGGCCAGCGCAACAGCUACUACGCUUCCAUGGCUAAGCUCUACGCAAGCCGGGCCGCUGUUGAGAACGCCAGCAUGGGUGUGCAGGUCUUCGGCGGCAUUGGCUUCAACACUGAGAUGCCCAUGGAGAAGCUCUACCGUGACUCCAAGAUUUUCGAGCUGUACGAGGGUACUUCGCAGAUUCAGCGCCUGGUCAUCUCGCGCCACCUGCCCGCCCUCUACCCCGCGUGAUCGAUAGUAUAACGAAGUGGAGACAUAGAACCAGACCAGACAUCCGAAUAAUCAGGUUGUAUGGCUGGGUUACAG